CGAGACACAACCGGGGCAACAAGAGCUCAUAUUGGAGAUGGCGAAGAUGGUCUGCUCAGAAUUUAGUGAAGGUGGUUUGAAUCUCAAUGGGAUUUUCCUAGCACUGCUUAUAGCUCUUAUCCUCAUGGCCCUCUGCUCCCCUCCUCCACGCCGGGCUAUUGUCGUGGCACGUCGUAUUCACUGAAAUGGUUUCUGAUCUCAAUUUCUAGAGUUUUCCUCAGUCUCCAAAAGAAACUGGGGAUUGUCUCCUGCCAUCUCGUUUCGGUUUGAUGGACAUUUCCCACCAUAGUUUUGUUUGUUUUUCCUUUUCUUUUCCUUUUUUUUUUUUCGUUUUUUUAGAAGGAAGGUUGGAUAGGCUUUUUCAGGAUUUUUUUUUUUUUAGGGGGUGUGGUGUUUGACUAGGGCUGGGCACUAUAUCAUAAAUGUCACAAUUACCAUUGUACCAUACCAUUAUCAAUGGAAACGGUAUGGUAAAUUGUCAUAUGGUAAGUCUAAAUGAUAAUAUGGUAAUACCAUUUAGACCUGUGAUACGAUAUUGGUAUUGGAGGUCAUUAUCAUUUUUACC